GAUAUUUAUACUUAUCUGAUGGACCCCUUGAACCAAUUACAAACGAUUUGACAGGUUCUAUGUACUUAAAAGUUUGCAAACGUCGCAGUUUUUUGUGACAUCUGAGGAGCCUCCUUUAGAACGACGAUCACGUGACAAGUCAUCACAAUUUAACACAGCGCGCGAUAAUGCUACAUUCGAGUAGCAGAGACCAUUCAGUGUUCAGCUUGGUUGGGUGUGUGGAUAAUACUGGGCGUGUGUCCUAGCUUUGUGUACCUCACCAGUAUUGAAGAAAUGACUACAAACGUGAAGCAACGACUGGAUGCAGACAAAUCUGCUGCAAACAUAAAGAGCAUCUUCACUGUAAGAGUCAAUGGAAGUUCAAAUCCUAGGCGUACACUACAAGCAAUUCAACCUACAGUGACAACUGGGUACCUUGUUGGGAGGACCAGAGAGCCAGUCAGGUCUCUUCCAAAAAGGAAAUUGUGGAGCAUGGAACAGCCAAAAAGCUCAAAGAGGGCCAAAACUGAAGUGGCUGUGUAUACCGAGGACAGUGAGAAUGGGCCAGAGGGAAUGACCAAAGAGACUUAUGAACUUAUGGUCAAAGAAACUCCUCCGUCUACCUACUGGAAAGAACUGGCAGAUGAAAGGAGGGAAGCACUUUAUAAGGUUCUUCAAGAAAAUGAGAUGCUGCAUAGGAAAAUUGAGUUAAAAGAGGAAAACAUCUCAAAGUUAAAGCAAGAAAAUGAAGAACUGUCCGAACUUGCAGAGCAUGUACAAUACAUGGCCAGUAUGAUUGAGAGAUUAACUGGGAAGAGUCCAGAUAACCUCAAAGUCCUUAGAGACCUUGAUGCAGAAGAACAUGAACAUGAAGAUGAUGAGGAAUACAUCAGCAGUGAGGAUGAGGAGGAAGACUAUAAGCUUUCAGAAUUGGAAAGUGACAAUGAAGAUAAUACAACUGUGACUGACUUUAAUGUUCCCAAAUCCAGUUAAAGUAGCCUGAAAACGUGUUUUUUUUUGUGUGUUUUUGUUUUUUUCUUUACAUUAUUAUUUAAGGAACCAAUGUGGAAAAAGCAUUUUGCAUUAAGAUUCACUCAUUUGUAUGUUUAUUUGGGCUAGAAACCCUUUUCAAAGACCAGCUUUUGCACUUUACAGAGGUUAGCCAGGUGAGAAUGAAAUAACUGGUGGGUAGCGCCGGCCUGGCCUGGAUUCUCAUUAUACUGCUGGAGGGGAAGGUGUUUAGUCUUUUUGUUUUUGGAUAGGAAACUGUUCAUGCACUGCAUGUGUAAAUCAUGGCUGUCCAAUACAGGUUUAACCAGCUGUGAACAGUUUAGUAUGUAUAUUUUGAAAGUGUACAGUUUUAAUUAAUGUAUGUAUGUUAACUUCUGGAUGAGAUUUUAGUUGUACAUAUUGUGUAGUAAACACACAAAAAGACGAUUUUAAUUUUAGGUUGAUUCUCAAUAUUCUUUUUAACAGGCUUGGUGUGCUUAACAUGGUUUGCUCCCAUGUAAUUCUUUUAAGACAUUAGUCAAUGUACUGGUACAGAGUAAUAUACAAAUGCACUUCAAUAUGUGUAACCUUAAUAUGAAUAGUCUGAAGACUAUCGCAUCAAUUUCAGAGUAUGAAAUCUCUUCAUUGUUGGGUAAGAUUCUUGCAAAGGCACAUUCAAUUCCUUUUGUUUUUAUUAAACAUGAA